GUCAGUCGUUUCAAAAGUUUCACGUUUUUGAGAUUAUGAUAAAUACUGACGACAGAAGAGUCACAGCCCAAUAAGAUGAGUGAAAACGAUUUGAUUUUAUGUCCAUUAUUCCUGGUAUAAGCAUUUUAAUGACUUGUCAAAUUUAAAGAAAGAAAAACAAAGAAAUAGUAGAAAAAUGGAUUAUUCUCAAAAGAUUCCAUCAUAUAAUUUCAUGUAUAAUCCGUCCCAACGUAGAUCUCGAGGUCCGGGGAAAUUGAUAACAGCAGCUAGCGUAGUUUUAGGAUUUGGAAUCAUCCUCACCAUCCUUAACAUCUACGAACUACACAAGAUGAAGGAAGACCACAUGAUUCAUAUUCAACCAGCGACAGAGGGGAAAACAGGAACAUUUGGAUCCAAGCAACCUGUUGUAUGGGUGGAAGGAAAACAUCUAGGAACAGGCUACCUGAAGCAUGUGUUCACAGUGUUUGACAGAAUUGGGUAUGCUGUUGGUGACAGCGAGUCUACGUGGGAUGUCCUCUGGUCACACGAAUAUCCAUUUGAAACUUUGUCCAAGAAAUUGGCAGAUCUUAAACCUCAUCAAAGGGUAACUACCAUCAAUGAUUUAUAUGCUACAGCAUAUUAA